AAGAAAGCAUUUCUUCAAAAGAUACAGAAAUUAAUGAAAAUUCUGAAAAUUCAGAUAUCGAAGAUAAUGAAGAAGAAAUAACUAAUGAACAUUUAAUAUCAAUGUUGAAUCUUUUUAAUAUAAAAGUAAAACAUGGAUUAACCGAUAGUGUUUUUAAUGAUAUAUUACAGUGUAUUGGAUCUUCAUUAAGUCUUUAUAAAUUAAAAAAUAAACUUAAAAGUUUAGUUAGUAUUGAACCUUUAAUGAUAGAUACAUGUGAAGAUUCAUGUAUUGCCUUUACUGGAAAAUAUGCUAUAUUAAU